AUGACGACUGAACAAGUUUACAGCAUACUCCGCGACAAGCUCGGUGAGAGCAAGAUCGUAAAGCCCAAAGCCGGGGAGCUGAAAUACUUCACCGCACAGUCGGCUGCACUCGUUCCUGCCGUCCAAGUGUUUCCGGAAAAUGCAAAAGAAGUCUCAACUGUACUCCAGGUCGCGCAGGAUCUGCAGAUCCCUUUUGCCGUGAAGGCUGGUGGACACGGAGUAUACUCCGGCGCAUCGAGCAUUGAGGGCGGUAUCCUGAUUGACUUGAGCCGGAUCAACGCGGUGGAGGUCGCUCCUGACCGUACGUCUGUGUCCAUAGGGGCGGGGGCGAAGUGGGGUGACGUUUACGGCAAACUUGAUCAGAUGGGCAUCAGCGUACCUGGAGGGCGUAUUUCGACGGUGGGUGUUGGCGGCCUGACACUUGGAGGUGGAAUCUCCUUCGCGGCCAGCCGGUACGGCCUUGCAUGCAACAACGUCAAAAGCUAUGAGGUAGUUCUCGCCGACGGGAAGAUCGUAUCUGUCACACACGAAACUCACCCAGAUCUCUUCUGGGCGCUCCGCGGGGCAGGGACGAAUUUCGGGAUCCAAUAUCUUGAAGACUCCGAGACGCGAGCAAUCGCUUUGCUGGACACCUUCUGUAAAAGCCAAGAUCCGUCGUCGUCGUCUGCGGACGCCGACGCCGAGGCCUUCAUCAUCACCGCCUAUGUUGCUCCGAUGGCCAGAUUCAUCACCACGGCGGUUUUGUCCCACGGCAAACCAGAGGACGAUCCGCCCGUGUUUGACGGAUUCACGGCGUUACCGUCUAUCGCUUCGUCGACGAAGAUUCGAAGUAUAGCUAACCUUUCAGUAGAAUUGAAUGCGAACAAUCCGCACGGGCUCAGGUCCAAGACACUGGCGUUGGCUGUGAAAAGCGACGUUAAAAUCCUCACCGGCGUCCUGGAGAUCUAUAAAGAGGUAAUCAGCCCACACCAGGACACGGUCAUAAACUUUGUGCCUGCGAUCUUGCUUCAACCUCUACUUCCGCGGAUGCUACCAGCCUCCGGGAGCGAACAUGCGCUGGGGCUCACCAGAGAAGACGGGCCACUGUUUGUGGUAUCCCUGCUCUGGUCCUGGACCGAGCCGUCAGACGACGCCCUUAUCGAGUCCCUCGCGCACGAUUUCGCAGGGCGUGUGACAGCGACAGCGACUGCCCAGGACAAGUUCCACCGCUACAUCUACCUCAAUUACGCGGCAGGCGAUCAGGACGUGUUCGCGAGCUACGGUAAGGAGAACCUGGAGAGGCUGGUGCAGGUCAGCAGGGAGUAUGAUCCGAACGGGGUUUUCUCCAAGUUGAGGCCUGGGUAUAUCAAGGUGGCGAGGGGCCGGCAGCCGAAUGGAGAUACAUGA